AUGGGUUAUGAUGCAACAUUUGAGGAGCCACAUCUUGGUGAAGGUGAUUCAAGUGAGAUGAACAUUGAGAAUAUAAACUUCGUGGAAACCACAAAUAUGGCGUCGACAAAUUCAAAAGCCACAAAGCAUCGAUGGACAACCAUUGAAGAAGGUGGUUGGAGGGCUUACAAUGGGACAUUCAAACCAGGAUAUUUAGUACAAGUACAAAAACUAAUGAAAGAAAAAAUUCCUGGAAGCAACAUACAAGUAACUCCAAAUCUAGAGCCGAGAGUGAAAAUUUUGAAGAAGCAGUACACUGCCAUAGUAGAGAUGAUGGGGCCAUCGUGUAGUAGGUUUGGCUGGAAUGAGAAACGAAAGUGCAUUGAGGCAGAGAAAUUUGUGUUCGAUGACUUGGUUAAGGGACACCCCAAUGCUCGAGGCCUACUAAACAAACCAUUUCCUUAUUUCUAUGACUUGGAAAUUGUGUUUGGUAGAGAUAGGGCUACUGGUGGUAGAUGUAAGACACCGGUUGAAAUGUGCUCACAUAAUACAAGAGAUAUUGAGGAAGAUGACAUGGAUAUUAAUCUCGAAGACUUUGAUAUUCCAAAUCCACAUGGACUCGAGCCACCAUCGGGGGAGGACAUGUCAUCCACUUCAACAAGUAUGGCACAUGAUGCAGGUGUUGGGAUUGAUGCCCUAAAUUUUGUGGUUUUGUAG